UCGCCAGCAAGGUCAGAGUCCGCAGCAAGGAGAUUUGUAUCAUUUGCAGAAUCAUGGGCAGCAAGAAGAAGGAAACUGCCCUGCAGGUCAACAUCAGCACCCAGGAACUGUGGGAAGAGAUGCUCGGUUCCAGAGGACUAACUGUGGUUGAUGUCUACCAAGGCUGGUGUGGCCCCUGCAAGCCUGUCGUGAGCCUGUUCCAGAAGCUGAGGCUUGAGCUGGGCAUGGACCUCCUGCAUUUUGCACUAGCUGAGGCUGACUGUCUUGAUGUCCUUGAGAGGUACCGAGGGAGGUGUGAGCCCACCUUUCUGUUUUACGCGGGGGGCGAGCUUGUGGCUGUGGUGAGGGGAGCCAAUGCCCCCCUCCUGGAGAAAACCAUCCUGGACCAGCUGGAGGCCGAGAAGAAGGUGCUGGCUGAAGGCGGGGAGCGGCGAGCGAUUAAAGAUGAAGUGCUCUGUGGGGCUGGGGGACGUUCUUCCCAUGAGCAGGACGAUGGUGACCAUGAGGAUGUAGCUUCCUCAGGGAAGUCAUACACCGUGGCCAUCAUCAAGCCCGAGGCAGUGGCUCACGGCAAGGCGGAGGAGAUCAUCAUGAAGAUCCAGGAGGCCGGCUUCGACAUCGUCACACAUGAGGAGAGAACCAUGACGGAGGAGGAAGCGCGGCUUUUCUACCAACACCGAGCUGGCGAGGAGGCCUUUGAGAAGCUGGUGCGUCAUAUGUCCGCUGGACGCAGUCACCUCCUGAUCCUCACCAGCACCAAGGGCUCCGAGGACGUGGUCAGCGCCUGGCAGACCCUCAUGGGGCCCUGUGACCCCAACGUGGCCAGGAGGGAGCAGCCAGACAGCCUGCGGGCCCAGUAUGGCACCGAGCUGCCCUUCAAUGCCGUCCACGGGAGCCAGGAUGGUGAGGCUGCCCGCCGGGAGCUGGGCCUGCUCUUCCCUGGACGCCGGGAGUCGGGCCACACGGCCAAAGGAGCAGUGGCAUCCCAGGAAGCGCCUGGCUGCCCUGAAGACAAGGCCUAAGAGUGGGAGCCAGGGUGAGGCUGCACGCAUGGAAAAUUCUAGAACUCAAACUUCAGCACCUUUUGGAGUUAGCUGUCUUCCACAGACCACGAACAUCACUGUAGAGACUUGCCUUAU